CAUCUUUAAAAAGUGAUUUUUUUUUUUUUUUUUUUUUUUGAGUUUUGAAGCUCAGGUCUUUUUUGUGUGAGCUCUCGAUUGUGUUUUUACCAAAAUCUCUGAAUAUUGAUUAAGUAAUCUUUGGAGAGGCAAGUGGGUUUUUGAAAUCAGAAGCUGUUUGUUUUCGAGGAAAUGCCUAAGAGAAACUGAUGUUCCAUUUUCUGGGUUUGUUGUGUUCUUGAUCUCUGUUUGGGGGGGUUUUUACAUCCUUAUAAUGGAAUUUCUAUGCUUGUUUUCUAUCUUGCUAUUUGGGUUUCUAUCAAGGUCUCAACUUGUCGAUGCUCAGCUCCACCAUGACCAAACCACAUUGCAAACAAUAGCCAAAGAGCUUGGACUAACUUAUUGGGGUCUAAACAACUCAGACUACUGUUCUUGGUCUGGCAUUGGAUGCAACUCCAGCAAUUCCAUGGUCGAAAAGCUCGAUCUUUCACGCCGAGGGCUAGAAGGUAAUGUCACUAUCAUUUCUGAGCUCAAAGCAUUGAAAUGGCUUGACCUUUCAUAUAAUAACUUCCAUGGAUCAAUCCCACCUGCUUUGGGGAAUUUGUCUGAGCUUGAGUUUCUUGAUUUGUCUUCAAAUAAGUUUGGAAAUUCAAUUCCUGUUGAGUUGGGUAGGCUCAGAAAUCUUAGAUCAUUGAACCUAUCCAAUAACUUGCUCAUUGGACAAGUACCUGAUGAGCUUGAAGGCCUAGAAAAGUUGAGAGACUUUCAAAUCUUUACCAAUAGAUUGAAUGGUUGUAUCCCAUUUUGGGUUGGGAAUUUGACAAAUCUGAGAGUGUUUACAGCCUAUGAGAAUGAAUUAGUUGGUACAAUCCCUGGUAAUUUAGGAUUGAAUUCAGAACUCCAGUUGUUGAAUCUUCAUUCGAAUCAGCUCGAAGGGACAAUACCCGAUAGCAUUUUCGCUUUGGGAAAGCUAGAAGUUUUGGUUCUGACUCAGAACAAAUUGACUGGCAAUAUAACCGAGGCGAUUGGGAACUGUAAGGGCCUUUCGAGUAUUAGAAUUGGAAACAACAAAAUCAUAGGAAGUAUUCCAAGGACGAUUGGAAAUGUUAGCAGCCUUACGUACUUUGAAGCAGACAACAACAAUCUUUCUGGAGAGAUUGUCGCAGAGUUUUCUCAAUGCUCUAAUCUCAGCCUAUUAAAUUUGGCCUCAAAUGGUUUUACUGGAACAAUUCCUCCGGAGAUUGGACAGCUUGGUAAUCUGCAAGAAUUGAUUGUUUCCAGUAACAGUCUGUUUGGCAAAGUUCUAACAUCGAUUCUUAGCUGCAAGAAUCUUAACAAGCUUGAUUUGAGCAAUAACAGAUUCAAUGGCACCAUUCCAGUAGAUAUAUGCAACACAACGAGGUUGCAAUACCUGCUACUGAGUCAGAAUUCAUUUAGUGGUGAAAUACCUCAUGAGAUUGGGAACUGUGUGAAAUUGCUCGAAUUGCAAAUGGGUAGUAAUUAUCUUACCGGCACUAUCCCUCCUGAGAUUGGUCACAUCAAGAAUUUGCAGAUAGCGUUGAAUCUGAGCUUCAAUCAUCUCCAUGGACCAUUGCCUAUUGAUUUAGGUAGGCUCGACAAGUUGGUUUCUUUGGAUGUGUCAAAUAAUCAACUCUUUGGCAACAUCCCAACUGCGCUUAAGGGCAUGUUGAGUUUGAUAGAGGUUAAUUUCUCAAAUAAUCUGUUCAACGGCCCUAUACCCACCUUCGGGCCAUUCCAAAAGAGCCCGAGUUCAAGCUUUUUGGGGAAUAAAGGGCUCUGUGGAGAGCCAUUGAGUUCAUGUGGAAAUUUUAAUGGUUCGGACCAUGAGAGCUACCAUCACAAGGUCUCUUACAAGAUCAUAUUAGCGGUUAUUGGUUCUGGGUUGGCGGUUUUUGUAUCGGUGACAAUUGUUGUUCUGCUCUUUAUGAUGAGGGAGAGACAAGAAAAUGCUACCAAAGCUGCAGGAAUCGCUGAUGAGGGAAGCAAUAACCGACCGUCAAUAAUAGCAGGAAAUGUAUUUGUUGAGAAUCUCAGACAAGCAAUAGAUUUCGAUGCUGUUGUCAAAGCAACAAUGAAGGAAUCGAAUAAGCUGAGCAAUGGAACUUUCAGCUCUGUGUACAAAGCAGUUAUGCCUUCUGGUAUGGUUUUAUCAGUGAAGAGACUGAAAUCUAUGGACAGAACAGUGAUUGAUCACCAGAGUAAGAUGAUUAGAGAGGUGGAAAGGCUGAGUAAACUCCAUCAUGAUAAUCUAGUGAGACCGAUUGGAUACGUAAUCUACGAAGACGUUGCACUUUUGUUACAUCACUACUUUCCCAAUGGAACAUUGGCUCAGUUGAUUCAUGAUUCUACUAAGCUCCCGGAUUACAAGCCUGACUGGCCAACAAGACUCGCCAUCGCCAUUGGAGUAGCAGAAGGGUUGGCUUUCCUUCAUCAUGUGGCCAUUAUACACCUUGAUAUCUCCUCUUUUAAUGUUCUUUUAGAUGCUGAUUUCAAAGCUUUGGUUGGGGAAGUUGAGAUAUCGAAGCUCUUGGACCCGUCCAGAGGCACUGCAAGCAUCAGCGCAGUCGCUGGCUCAUUUGGUUAUAUUCCCCCAGAGUAUGCAUAUACAAUGCAAGUUACAGCACCGGGAAAUGUCUACAGCUAUGGUGUUGUUUUGCUUGAGAUUCUCACAACCCGACUACCAGUUGAUGAGGCCUUUGGUGAAGGGAUAGAUUUGGUGAAGUGGGUUCACAAUGCACCAGCAAGAGGGGAAACUCCAGAGCAGAUACUCGACGCGAAGCUCAGCACCGUCUCCUUCACCUGGAGAAAAGAAAUGCUUGCAGCGCUAAAGGUUGCACUGCUCUGCACCGACAACACACCAGCCAAGCGGCCCAAAAUGAAAAAAGUGGUGGAAAUGCUUCAAGAAAUCACACAAAACUAGAACAAAUUCAAUUGGGUUUUCCUUAUUCUUGAUCUCUGUGAUCAAAAAUCCAAUGGCCAGGAUAUGAAGAACAUAUUAUGCAGAGUAUACUGCCGGUUCUGUAUUGGAGUUGAUGGGCAAAAUAUUUUUCAGAAGUGGAAGAAGAAGAAAUUGGUGGAGGGUUCAUUCAAGAAGUGUCCUCCAAUGAGGGAUUAAUCUGUGGUGGUGUUGAUAUUAGGGUUUAAAUUUUACAAUUGAGUUCUUGGUUUCUAGAUGUGUUUGGGAAUAUAUGCACUCUGUGAUGAUGAGUAACUAUGAAUCUCCCAAAUGUUUGAUGUUCCCAUGGAAAUAACAAUUGUACCCAGUUGCCAGUUCAAUAUAUACCUCUACUAGUUUUAGUUAUAUGAACUUCAUUUUGCCA